AUGCUUGUGGAUGCAUCUUAUGCGAUGUGGGAGGCAUGGGUCUAUCUGGACAAACUGGCCUCCGAGUCUCCGUGCCAUGGAAUGAUGCGGCAGAGGCGGCACGAAGCAGGUCGACUUGGCCUCGUGCUUACUUCGCUGGCCUUUCUGUUGUGGAAAGCGCUGCCGGCGCUGCCUGCCAGCCCGACAAGCCCAGCCUUUCUUUGCGGACCAAGACCCGGAGGACCGCGACAGCCAAAUGACUGCCUCGUAGCACGCAGACCUCAAGUACGAGGCAGCGUCACUCGGAUCACUCGGUCAGCAGUCUUCAGCGUCCUAGCCGAGGAAGUGAACAAUCGGCCAGUUUUCUUCUUCGGAGAGGUGCUCAUCAUCGUUGUGUUGUCGGCAGCCUUUGAGAAGGCAGAAAAAUGGCUUCGCAAGAAACUGAAAGCCAGCGGUGACACUACCGGAGGGGAAAUUCUCGAUGCCCUCUUCCGUGAGAUUACCAUUCUGGGUUUUAUCGGCCUCCUCCUAUUUGUUCUGACGCACUUGUUACCAGAAGAUGGUCCUUUGAUAGACUGGGGUACAGAGGAGUUCAACAUACUUCCAGAAACCUUUGAGUAUGUCCACAUGGCAACAUUCUUGCUUCUGGUUGUGCUGCUGUUUCAAGGGGUCGCUGUCCUAAGAAUUUCGCGUGAAACAGCACGAACAUGGGCCUAUUACGAAAGCACCCGGGCUUUUGGGAAAGAUCCGCUAUCAAUAGAAUCGCUGCUGGUUUCAGAAGGCUACUUGCAGCGAUCUGCGUCUCCUGACGACAGGUCUGACCAGUUGGAGAUUGAUGAGUCUAUGUCUAAGAUUGAGCUGAGAGCGCUCAAGAAGUUUUCCUAUGGUGAGACAGUUGUUGAACGGGCGGCGCUUCGUAGCAAGUAUGUUCACAAGCUGAUCAUGUGGCGAGCUGUUCGUCAUGGCUUUCUUUUUGAAGGUGCUCAGAGUGAACUUCUCGCUUCGGAAGGAGUUAUCCCUGGGCUCUUCAGCUUUGAAGCCUUUUUGGAACAGCAGCUGGCCCAAAUCGUUUUGUCUUUGGUGGAGGUGGACGUGCUGACGUGGUUGUAUGCCCUUGUGCUAGUGGGCCUGGUGACAGGAGUUUGCCUCUCUCUUGACUGGCUGAAUGGACAAGCCAUGCAAUGCUUUUGUUCUUGGACCCUUGCGGCAUUUGCUUUUGCCCUCUCAAUCGUCUUGGAGGAGGACACUUACGAGUUAACUCCACGAGUACCUGAGGAUCCUCGACAAAUUCUCCGCAUGUUCUCCGGGACAUCCAUCCAGAUGCUGCGGAGGGCAUCAUUCCUGGAUUCCACACUGGCACCGGGUGAAAGCCGGGGAGGUAGGCGGUACCGCCCACACUGUCCAGGAGUGGAAGGUUCGGAGGUACCCCGCAUCCAAGAAGCCAAAAAGCAAGAGCCGAGCAACUUUAUGCUUGUCCAAGAGUACACGGGUGUUUUCAAGCUGCUUUGCUUCCUGCAAGCAGCCAUUGUUUCUUCUCUCAUGGUGGAUUGGUUGAACGGCAGUAUCCAUGGCUGGGACCGAGUGGUACCUUUCACACUUGCAUGGGCAGAAUGGCCAUUGAUGCUAUAUGUGCUGAUUCCAGACUUAGUUCGUCGUCUCACUGUCAGAGCUGUUGUGACACGCACUCGAUCCGACAACUGGUUUGUCGAUAAGCAACGUGGUCUUGUGAGGAAGGUCAGAAUCACUGGUAUUGAAGGGCUCCUGCGUGGCUGCACGCGGCUGAUCCACUUGCAGGGCAUGGAAGCUAGAGCCGUGAUGAACGGUGAGCCUUGGGCCCAGAACAUGGCCAUUGCCCAGGCUUUGACAGGACGAUCUGCGGAGUCUUUGAAUAAAAUUGCACAUGCAGAUGCCAUUGGCAAGGUGAAACGAGGAGGCGACAUCUUCGACCAGCUCCCGUCAGGCUUCAAAACCGAAGUGUUUAGUGUGUUCGCCAGUUGGGAUGCCCGAAAUGAUGGCUCUGUUGCCGCUUCUGAGCUGGCCAAAAACAUGGAGUUGAUGGGCUUUAUGGCAACAGCCGACCGCGUUGCUCGCAAUCUGAUCAGGCUGGUGGAUGAUGAUGGAAGUGGACUGCUCACUUGGAGGAAAUGCAGAAGCCUGUUCAUGCUGGCCACAGCGGCCCGCCCCGUGGAGGAACGGCGGCGAGAUCUGGAGACCUUCUUUUCAAGAAUCCAGAAGGAGACUCCUCACCGUGCAACUGUCUUUGAGAUUGCAACAGCUCUGCCACUUCAGAUCAGCCCCGAUGAUCUGGCGACUUUGAUGUAUGUGCAUUUUGGACGGGUCAAACCGUCUGUCACCAGAGCCGAGUUCAUUGAAUGGAUCGAAGCCAUCGAGGAAUCCGGGAUCCUCACCAAAAAAGCAUGA